AUGGAGUUCGAAAGUCUUUGCAGAUAUGGCGGGGUUACUGAAGAGGAAUUAGGAUUAGUUAACCCUGAACUGGUCACUAAACUUAACAUUGCGUUUGAUAACAUCUUCCACGAGGCUAAAGUGGUUAAAGAGGAACUCGAAAAACUCCAAAAAGCUCAAGAGAAUACCGUGUUACAAAAUGCUGAAGAGCAGUCUAAACUAAAGUCAGUUUCUGAAGAUUUAGAGGAAAAGCUAAGAAGUUGCAAUAAUGCACUUUACGCGUUAGAGGAGAAACUUCAUAAUGUAAAUUCUGAAAAGGAGGACUUCCGCACAAAAUUAAAUGACUGUUUAUCUGUUAAUAAUGAGCUCAAUUUCGCUAUCCGUGGACUGGAAAAUGAGAAGGAAAUUCUGUCAGAUCAACUAAAAAGCAAACUCGAGUUGAUUGACUCUCUCAACUCUGAUAUUAGCACUCUGCGUUCAGAGGCUGAAGAUGUCCGUAAAUUAAAAAUAGAAAUGAUGUUAAAGUCGGAGGAUAUUACUGGGCGGGAGAUAUCGAUAAAAGCUCAAGAAGCUCGCUGGUCAGACGAACUAUCCAACUUACAGCGACAUAAUAACUGGUUAGAAGAACGUCUCCAACAGACAACUGACCAGUUACUAACAGUUCGGAGAGAUUCGUACCAAAAGUCAUAUUCUCUUGAGUCUGAACUUGGCCUUCGUAAUGUUGAACUGGCGAACUCCAAGCAGUGUGUUGAAAGACUGGAAGAAAACGUCCAGAAACUUACUCAGACAAACGAAGAAUACAUUGUUAAACUGAAACUGGUUACUGAUGAACAAAUAAAAAUGGAGCAGUUGUAUGGAAAUGAACUCGAGGCCCAAAAACAACUUAUAAAAUUAUUUAAGGAACAAGUAAAGGAACUAGAAGAGAAGAAUGAAGAGCUUAGUAAUGCUGCUUCAUCCAUCCAAGGCCUCUUAAAAGACGCUUAUGAAAAUGUGUCCAGAUUAGAGUCCGAAAACUCCUCUCUAAAGGCAAAAUAUAGUGAAGCAAACUCUAAACUACAAACAACCACUGAAAAUCUUGCUUCGGAACUGGAAAGGAGUCAGCAUCUUCUAGAUAAGUUCAGAGUGGAUGGUCUAUCUGAGGAAGAAUUACGCCAGCUUAACCCAUCUGUGGCUGCUACAUUGAGCGCCUUAAAGCGUGGACAUAGUUUAACACAAUUGUAUACGGAUUAUAUUCAACUUGUUGAAGAUCGGGAUCAGCUGAAACUUGAUAAACAACGACUGACGGAGUAUGUGGAACAAAUGGUCGAUGAGCUCAAAGAAAAAGCCCCUCUCCUACGUAACCAACAAGAGGAGUAUCGAAAAUUACAAAUGGAAUUGAAAGAGCUUACGUCUUGUUAUCAAUGCGCUUCAAAGAAGUUAGAAGAAAUGCAGUCACAAAAGCGAGAGAGUGAGCGACGUGCUGGAUUUUAUCAUCGAGAAACCUGUAGACUUAAACAAACUUGCUCAGAUCUGUCUAAACAGGUUCAGUCUCUACUGUACGAAGUUGAAGUGUCUAGGGGGACUGUCAUUCGAAAUGAAGGAGAAUUUUGUUCCAAGUCAGACACAAGAGAUCCAAACUUGCUUGACACUCAGCCAGUUCCAGAUAGCUCAAUGGAUAUAAGUGAUGUUUCAAGCAUGCUGGAAAAUUUAGCCUCCUCUGCAACAAUUAUUGAUGAUCAUCUUGUCACGUGGAGGAACUUAGAUGAGCUACAAUCUCAAAAUCAGCGAUUGCUUUGUGUUGCUCGUGAUUUGGCUGCUCAGCUAGAAAAACACGAGCAAGAAGAUUCGAACACAGUCAAGCGUAUUUCUGAGCUGUCCUGUCGUGUCGAAACUUUAUCUGGGGAACUAGACGUUGUACGUUUAGCUGCUCGUGAAGCACGAACAGAGGCAAAUAUGUUCUCUCAGCAGCGUGACCAAUACCGUGCUUUACUGAGAAAAUAUGACAUAGACAUAUCUGAUAAAGAAGAAGUUAGUUCUGCUCAAAGUCAAGAAUCUGUUCUAGAUGAUAGUAAUCCGCUGAGUCGCUGUGUGAUCAAUAAUAGAACUCCAAGUAAAGGUUCUCCUCCCAGUAAUGGAUCCACUGCUGUUGUUGAGCGUCUGGAAAGUGCUUUGAGUUCGUUACAUGCUGAAUUUGCACGCUAUCGGGAGGAUAAGUUAGAGUCAGAUAAUGUAUAUACUACUACAGUUGAUAAUCUACGGAGAGAAUAUAACGAGGCUCGAUUGUUAAAUCAGAAGCUCAGCUCACAACUUGACUUCACUCACGAAAAGCUGCGUGCAUCAGAAGCUAAUGUUGCUGGGUAUAAACAAGAAAUCACUAUCCUUCGUGAAAUGAAUGCUCGUUACUCAACUUCUGCAGCCACUAGUGAAGCGGAGUUAUCAAGACUUAGAGACGAGUUAACCCAUGCAUCUGAUCGCCUGACUACAGCAGAAGUGGAUGCAAGACAUUUUUCACGACAGCUGGAAGUGGUGAGAGCUAAUGAGACUCGUCUUAAACAAGAAAUCGAUUCGUUACGCCGCCAUGAUCAAAUUCAUUCUCAGCUCAUGCAUCAACUCCAGUCGAUACAGGGAAGUCUCGAACAAAGGGAGUCAAUGGAUCGUUCAUCUAGUCAACGAAAAAUUGAACAAUUGGAGAAGCAACUAUCUGCUGCCAAUACAGCUCUUAUUGAUGCCUCCAAGGUCUCUCAAACAGCUCAACAAACUUUGCAGCACGAGCUAGCACUCUCUCGUGAGUCCGUGGAGUCUAGUAGCAGAGAAAUUCAACAACUAAAUACCCGGAUACGGGAUUUAGAGGAAAGAUUGGCAGCCGUUAAAUCCCACGCAGACGAUAAUAUGGAACCGAAUGUAACUGAAUCACCUGAGUGUUCAAAAACUGCUCAAAUGCGCAUUCGGGAACUGGAACAUGAAAUUGAGACUCUUAAAUCCAGUUUGGAGUCAUCUCGACAACAGUCUGAUCGAAUGAAAAUACUGGCUGAACAAGCUGAAGAGCGCCUCAAUGAAAUCGUAGACGAGAAUAAACGACUGGAAGAGCACUUUUCUCGUGACAUGUGUGAGACUAAACAGCGUUGUGAGUUUUUAGAGACACAACUAGAUUUAGAAAGAAAGGAACGUCAAAAUCUUGUAAAUGAAAAUAUACGAACUACAGAAGAAGCUCAUAAGCUGAAUGCAAAUUUACAUCGGGAAUUGGCUAACCUACAGAAUGAAUUGGAAAGCUCCAGAACUCGGUAUGAAUCGGCCCUGGAAGUUGAGGCUGGUGCUAAAGCUGAAAUAGAAUCUCAUCAACAGGCUGCACAAGAGGCUCGUGAUAAAUAUGAACGUGAAUUGACAUUACAUGCACAAGAUGUGGAACUGUUGACAUCAGCACGUUCACAGUUAGAUUCUUUGAAAAUGCAUUCCAGUGAACUACAGCAAGAAUUAAAUGAAUUCAAAUCAAAAGCAGAAACUGCAAUGACUGAUUUAAAAACCCAGUUGGAAUUAUGGGAUUCAGAGAAGCAAGAGUUGAAUAGUCAAUUGAAACAAAGUCAAGAAGAACAGAAUUUGUUGCAAGAUCAAAUAAUUCAACUCACACAACAAAUGGUUUCAUUGAGAAAAUCUUUGGAUAAAUCUAAUGUUUCUGCAGAAGAUAGUAUGAGUUCUACUCAAGACACAGAGUCAAUUAAUUCAGAUAUAAAAACCUCUGAGGAAUUAUUACAAGUUAUUGGUUACCUUCGGCGUCAGAAAAACAUGGCAGAUGUUGCUCAUGAAGCUGCUAGUGCUGAAGUAUCCCGAUUAUUAUUACGGGUGUCUAGUUUGGAAUCACAAAAAGAAAAGUUACAAUCUCAGAUCGAUAACGAACGUAAAGCUGCUGAAUUAGCUAUGGAAACCGCUCGCAAACAUUCUGAAGUUAUGGAACGUGUUGAACAGUUGAAUUUGGUAACUGAAUCUAAUCGAUUACUGAGGCAUGAAAGAGAGGUUUUGCGAUCAAAGUUAUCAGAUGCAGAAAAUCAGCUUACAAAGUUGAACAAUGAAGUUGGCCCGUUGAAACAAUCCAAUAGCGAUUUGAUUGCUCAAAAAGAUGUUUUAAUGUCUGAUAAACGAUCCCUUGAAGAAGAACGUGAUCGUUGGAAGGAACGGUGUAGUCGGUUAGUAGAAACAGCUCAACGCAUGGAUCCUGAACAAUAUAGACUUGCAUGUAAUGAACGUGAUGAAUUACAACGUAAAUUAAAUCGAGCUGAAGAAGAAGUUCAAAAUAAUGCUAAUAAACUAUGCGAUUUAAAAAAUGAAUCAGAUGAUAAAAUAAACAAACUGAAUGAUCUUUUAGAAAGUAUGCGUACUUCAUGCCAGGAAGCUGAACAGAAAAUUUCUUCGUUCAGUGUUCAAGAAAAUUUAUUAAAAGAGGAUUUAAGUGCAAAAGAGACAACAAUAAUGAAACUUCGUGAAAUCGGACGAAAAUAUCGUCAAGAAACCGAAGUAUUACGACGAAAACUCAAUGAUAGCAGAUCAGAUGAAGCUCAACUUCAGACUACAAAUGAAGCAUUAACUGAGGCUCGAGCGGAUUUGGUUACUUUACGUUCUGACUAUUCUUCUUUACGUACUGAAUAUAGCAUCUUGGAAGCAAGUGUAACAGAAGCUCUUCAGUUUUUAGAUGAAAUAAAGUCUAGAGAAUCAGUUAUAGCAAUUAUGAAUUCAUCUGUUGAAGGAUCAGAUAUUGAAAUCGAUUCCAAUAUGUCUGAUGGUCAAAAAUUGGUGAAUGAAUUUCGUCGUCUUUUGUCAGGUUUAUGUAAUGAAAUCGAUCGGUUACAACAGCAUUCAGAUUCUCAAAAAGAACGUUUAUUACGAACUCAACUGAUAGAAUCUCAACUGACGAAAUCUCAAAAAGAUUGUACAGAGCUUCGUGCUCGCUUAAUUGAGCUUCAGUCAAGUAGCACUCAUCCUCAAACUGUGUCAGUAAGUUUGCAGACCAGUGGAGCCCCAUCUCCUGCACCAUCAACUUUCCAGGAAUCUGAAUCGCAAGAUGGUGUUCAGACAAUGCAUACGUUUGUACCACGGACUUUGGGUUUAGGUGCUUCCCCAACAAAUCAAGUCACAGGAAAUCAAUUACAUUUUGAAACUCCCACUUGUUUGAACAUAACUGAUGGUAGUUGUACGGAAACUGCAAGUUCUACUGUAUCUCAAUCAAUUCCUGCUUGGGUUAUGCGUACUGGAGCCACUGUACAACCGGUCCACCCAACACCUGCUAUUACUCCACCUAAUUCACUUGCUGGUCCUAAACAGACAGCAGAAAUCAGACCUAUCACAAGUAAUGUAGCUGCUGUCAUGCCAACCCCAGCACCAUCAUCAGUUCCGAUAGUGAUAACAAGUGUUCAGUCAGAAAAUGUCCCUACUUGUGGGCCGUCAAGUAUUGCAAUCUGUUCACCUGUAUCUGAUACAACCGUGGGUAUCAGCUCAUCGCUAUUUACGUCUUGCGAUCAGACUGCUGCGUCUCUAUUGCGAAAUGCAUUUGUACGCCGAGGUAAUAUCCUUAGUCAGCCUCAAAGUAGCAUCUUAACACCAGUUUCUUCUCAUCCAACUUCUCCAGUUUGUUCUUCAAGCGUUCCAAGUUUGGCACCUCGUUCGACCACAGUUAGCAUAACGGGAAAACGUCGAUUUGAAGAAACUUGUUCGAGUAGUAAUAUGGACUCAAUGCUUCAUAUUAUACCACCAGUGGAUGAUAACGUCGUUUCAACAAGUGAAGUUUCUAGAAAUAACGAAAAUUCGUUUUUAUCAACCAUCACCACCAACCAAUUUCAUCAGCAGCAAUUUACUCCCAGCUCUAUUCCAUCUGAGUCUAAGCGCAUACGUCAGGCAGUGGUUUGUGGUCCCAGCUCGUCAAUAUCUUUUACCCAAGCAAGUCCUAGUCCAAUUGUUCUAGGUAGAUCACCCUUUGGUAUCACUGUACCUUCUACAACUCCGUUACACGCAACUGCUUCUCGCUUAGUUGCUGGACAGCAAGAACCUAGUAGUACACUGACAGUUGCUACCGGUGUGGCUGGUAUUAUAACUCCUGGAACACUUGAAACCUCAGAAAAUGUGGAACAGUCAUCAAAUGAAGCUGAUGUCGAAAUAGAACAAGCCACAGUAUCUGAUAUUGUUACCGGCCAAGAGCUACAUGAAAAUGUUAGCGGUGAAACUGAUACACCUACAAUGGAUUAUCAUACUGAAAAUAUUGGAGUUGUCGAGUCUGAAGUUCGAACAUCUGAUCAAAAUUUAACUAGUCCUAUGAAACCUGCAUCAAGUACACAAGAAGAGGUAUGCGAGUCUUCUGACGAAGAACAAGAAUGUUAUUCGGAAAACGAUGCUUUUUACGAUGAUGAUCAACAUGAAUCUGGAUCCAUGGAUGAUGAAUACGCUGAAAGUGAUUCGAAAGAUUCAUUCGAUGCUAACAACAAUAAUGAUAAUAAGUUUAGUUCUGUUCCUACAAAUUCAAGGCCAUCAGAAUCCACAGCGGAUUUUUGUAAAGAGACAGUUGAUACUGCUUACAAUGAGAUUUCUGUACCCAAAGAAGGAGAAGCAGAAGUUGAACAGGAAGAAGACUACAUGGAAGAAGGAGAUUAUGAUGAAUAUGAAAGAGAGGAUGAAGCUAAUUGUGAUUCAUAUACAGAAGAUGAAGAAGAAGCGGAGGAAGGUGAAGAAGUAAUUGAACUGAGUAGUGGCUCUGACGAUACUCACCCACAUGAUGCUGAUGGUGAAGAGCAUUAUUCCUCUGGUGUGGACAAUUACGGCAACGAGGAGGCAAAUGUACACACUGCUCCUGCAGGUGUGGACGUAUCGGAAGGCGUCGAUGAUAGCAAUGAAAAGCUAGGUGAAGAUGAUGGGCAGCUACAUUAUGAAGCAAACAGUACGGAGAAAAGUGAUUCUACUACUCAGGUUUCAGAAAAAACACCAAUUUCUUCGAAUGUACAGAUGGAACCCAUCUCUUCAAACAGAGGUUUAUUUGGUGAAUCAUCUAUUCCUAGCCUUUUCAGCAGUUCUGGUUUACCCAAAUGUUCCGGCUCACUAUUGGGUUCGUCAGGUCUUUUUUCCGGUUUUAAACCUUCUUCACUAACUGUUCCAUAUUCAACCACCACUACUGAGUCUGGACUUCCGUCUGGUAGUUGCACUGGACUUUUCAAAUCAUUCUUGCCAGUGAACACAGUUCCAAGCUCAACCACCGCUCCACCGCUUUUCAAACCUUCUACAUUCUCUACUUCAGUAGCAGCUUCCAAAGAACCCUCAAGCUCUGGUGAGUCUAGCACAGCUCGGCCAAAGAUUCAACCAAUCGUUUGGGAUUCAUUCGACCCCUCUACUUCACAGUCUACUUUAUCAGAUAGUACAUGCGCUAGUGGACCAGCUCGUAGAAAAAAGUGGUGUCCUGUUGCUUCUGCGCCCAGAGUCACCAGGCGUUCCAGCCUACCUACUAGCAGAAGUUGUGCUACAGGAAAGACUGGAUCUAUUCGUGGUGGUUUACCUCCGAGAAGAGGUUAA